AUGGGCAAGUUUGCUGUUGUGACCACAAGCCCAGAGCCAUGGUCUGAAGACACAGUGCGGUGCCAUUGGCGAUUACGUGGGCACUGUGAGCUGCUGCUUGUGCCACAGCCGUACCCCGUACUGGCACUACCAUCAGCCAGGGGUCGCCAUCUGUGGUGGGCGCACGCAGCACGUGCUGUACCUCAGUCCACCUACCGCCGCUAUGUCAGUGUUGCUGCUGCUGCUACAAUCAGUGCUGCCAAAGCUAUCCGUCCACCGCAUUCUAUACAACAUGUUGUCUGGUGCAAUGAACUCUUCCAGCUGGACAAGGCCGAUGCACCUGCACGUUGCGCAUUCAUAGACGGCACUGUGCAUCUUUUAAGGCAGCAAUGCGAAUUGGUAUCAGUGAGCCUGGAGGGAGCACGACUGGAACGUCGAGAGGCUGUGGCACUUUUGGAUGCCUUAGAAGGCUCAGCACAGACACUGCGUGGUCUGUUCCUGUGGGACUUUGUACGACGUGACCAGAAUCCUCUCACCCUGGAUGAGACGCCUCUCCAGUACCGCGGCAAAGGUGCCUUCCGGACACGGAUGACAUCGGAGGCAGGCUUCCUGUGUGCCCUAUCUCGCCUGAGUGGACUGGUGGUGCUGUCGCUGAGGUAUUCACACGUGAGCGACGCAUGUGGUGUGGCGCUGCUGUGUGUGGGGGCUGUGGCACGAGGUAAUCUGCGUGAGCUGCAGCUGCUGUGUGAGGAGAGGGACCUUCCAGACCGCGAGCGUGUCUGGGAGGUGGGAGGCCUGCAGGGUGGCUGCCGCAUUCCAGAGUCCACCUGGAGGGAGGUCUGUCGCUGCUGCCCCAAGCUCACCGUCAAGAUCGUUAUCUGCAAUGUCCCUUGCUAUGACCAGAUACGGCUGUUCCUGAGCAGAUCAAUGCCGCUGAAAAGCUUUCACCUGACGACUGGUAUUGACAAGGGUCCGCAGCAGCACCGCCACACUGCCCUUGUGUUGCAGCUUUUGCAGAAAUGGUACCAUUUCUCACUGGAGGGCCUGACACUGCACCUCUUCCGGAACCGAGAAGCAAUGGGUGGUGUGCUGGCGGAGGCCAUGGCUUCUUUCCCUCGACUGGCCUGCCUCGAGUUCAAUGGUUGCCUGAGGCAGGCACCGAGGCGGUACCUGCGACUUCUCUGCCGGCUUGCCUGCAGUGUCCGAUGCGAUUGUCUGCGUCGCAUGAGCAUCGCCAUUCAGGAAUCUCUUCCACAUGACGAGAAGCUCACAUCCAUAAUUGAUGAUCUUCAGCAAGAGUUUGAGCCACGCUGCAAGGAGAGAGGUGUAAAACUGACCCUAAGUUUAAGCAACAUGUAGU